UGACGAUGUUCAAGAUCAGAAACAUGCGACACCUGUAACCUGUUCCUGUCUAUCAUUUCCCAGUGCACAUGUCAAAUUUAUCUUCCACUGAAUGGGAAGCUCCCUCUAUCACUUUCACCCAUCUCAGUUUGAUUGGUUUUCGCUUGAAGACUUUUCCUGCAAAGGCAGCAUGAGAAAAUUAUAUGUUUCCUUAGUGCCGAAGACUGAUUUUUCUCUGACAUUUGAAGAACAUUCCUCGUUUCAAUGUGUUGCUAACGAAUUGUCUUCAGGCAGGCCCACUAUAUAUAUGGUGCAACACCUCUUGUGCUCUUAUGGUCAGUGAUCGCUUGGACGUAGUCAUACGGCGUUCAAAAAAAAAAAUCCAAUGGCUCAAUAUGGUGAUAAUAUCAAGUACGAAGAGGACUUCGUAGUGAAUUCACGAGGAAACAGGCUCUUCACCUGCAGGUGGACGCCGAAGGCAUUGGAGCCCAGAGCUCUGAUCUUUAUCUGCCACGGAUACGGAGCUGAGUGUAGCAUAUCUAUGGGAGACACCGCUGCUCGAUUAGUACACUCUGGAUUUGCUGUCUACGGAAUCGACCAUGAGGGCCAUGGUAAAUCUUCAGGAUCGAAAGGCUACAUAUCGAACUUCAGCGCUGUCGUCAAGGACUGUUCUGACCAUUUCAAGAGUGUCUGCGAGAAGCGGGAGAACAAGUCAAAGAAGAGGUUCCUCUACGGCUUCUCCAUGGGAGGAACCGUGGUGCUUCAGCUCCAUAGGAAGGAUCCUCUCUACUGGGACGGUGCCGUGUUGCUUGCCCCUAUGUGCAAGAUCUUUGACGGCAUGCGUCCCCACCCGAUCGUCGUCAGCGCACUGAAGAUGAUCAGCACCAUUGCGCCUAGCUGGAGGGUCAUCCCUGCCACGGACAUGAUUGACAAAGUCUGCAAAGAUCCCCAGCUCAAGAAAGAGAUCCGUUCCAACCCGUACAUGUACAAGGGGAAUCUCGCGCUGCAGACUGGCCGUGAACUCCUCACGGUCAGCCUCGACAUCGAGAAGAACCUGCACGAGGUGUCGUUGCCGUUCUUGGUCGUGCACGGCACCGACGACGUCGUAGCCGAUCCCCAUGGGAGCAAGCUGCUGCACGAGAGGGCGUCGAGCAGGGACAAGACCCUGAAGCUGUACCCCGGGAUGUGGCACGUGCUCAUGGGUGAACGGCCGGAGGACGUCGAGCGCGUGUUCGCCGACGUGAUCUCGUGGCUCGAGCAUAGAGCCGGCGGCACCGUCCCCGACUCCCUGGCGAAGCGCCAUGAGCUACUAUAAUGUAGAAGAGGAGGUUGUGGACAAAUUACUCAUUUAAUUCCGGAGUACACGCAUGUAUUGAAAAAAACAUACGAGCAUCGGCCGGCCCUGACUUUUUGGUGACCAGUACGAAAAAAAUAAUGGAGGCCCCAUUAACUAUAAAAAUAUAAAAAAUCAAAUUGGUAAUCGGCAUGAUAAAUAGGUAGCAAAUCGGCGAUUUGUAGACAGCGGCGGCGUCUCGCGAGAAUGUCAAGGAGGCACUGAAGCGUGUAGUUGGGCAGAUGUUGCAGAAGUUGUCCAUUGAUUUUCCUCUAUCAAAUCAGGGCGCGACUUUAUUCCUCCAACUGGACAGAGAUGUCACGCCCAACAAUAUAGGUUACAAAAUUUA